AAAUGUAAGCACGUAAGUGAAGGAAAUCAAACUGACGCAAAAAUGAUGAAUCAGAAAAAAAGAUACACAAAUUGAUAAUCUGGUUAGUGAGUCUAGAGCAGAAAGUGAGUGUAUAACGAUUAUUGAUAUAGAUAGAAGGCUGUAAGUGGUAGAGUUCGUGCGAAUGAUUAAAGUUUUGGCGCUGGUUGAAUCAGAGUUGUGUCCCCUUGCUGCGAAUCUCUGUCAGAAAGUUAAUAUUGCCGCAGUAGUUAAUGGUCUUGUUUCAUAGAAGAGACAGGCUGGAGCCUACUGCUUUGAUUUCUCUAAACUUCUGAGGUCAAUAUUGUUUGCGGAUUUGACCUCUUGGACCAUUAUCAAGAUGGUCACACUGCCAUCUUGUUGGACUAAAAGAACUUAUUUAAGAUUGUUUUAAACUUUAUACAGUGAUAAUCAGAAAUUAGUGUGUGUGUGAUUGUUUAAACAAUUGUCUGUGUAACUAUAUUCAUAUUUGUAUGUAAAUAUAUAUAUAUAUGUGUGUGUGAUGGUAUCUAAAACAGAAACCCACAAAUGUUUACCUGUCAAUAAUUGUGAGUGUGUUUCUAAGAAUUGGUAAGAAUAUAUUAUUAACCAAAGACAUUGUGACUUGUUAUUGAUAAAACACAUCAAAAUAAAUGAAAGUUGAGAAAACUUAUUUCUCUCAGUUCUGUUUUUACUCUUUACAAAUAUAUUGAAAAUAUCAUUUGCUACAGAAAUAAAAAAAAAAAAAAAGUAAAGAAAAAAGACACCAUUAUAUAGCAUCUUCUGUCCUAAUUGUUGAAUGAGUAAACAACAAUCCACCUCCUCAACACCGCCACCGACAGCACUGCCGUGUUUCAGUACGUCUGCUGGUGCGGUUGCGGGUGCUGACAAUAACUGCUGGUAUCCAUUCAAUUUCUUCACCAGCCUCACUGCUCUACAAAACACAACUACUGAUCCCCAACCAUCUUUGGCUGCAGCACCAGCUCAACCCCCUACAGGAUUUACAUAUCCUGCAGUUUCCACAGCUGCAAGUGCUGUUGCCAGCUUGAAAAUGCCUUUCGACUGCGAGAUUUGUGGCCGGAUUCUCUCGGGGUCUGGCCACUUAAAGACACAUCUGAGGACACAUACUGGAGAAAAGCCUUUCAAAUGUGAAGUCUGCGGGAAGUGUUUCGCUAAUUCUGGUGCCUGGAAAACACAUGCUAAAACACAUACUGGAGAAAAACCUUUCAAGUGUGAUACGUGUGGUCGAAAAUUUGCCAAUUCUGGUGCCCAGAAGACACAUUCACGCACACAUACGGGUGAAAAACCUUACACAUGUGACAUUUGUGACAAAAGAUUUGCUAAUUCUGGUGCCUGGAAAACACAUCUUAAAAUCCAUAUUGGAGAUCGUCCUUAUAAAUGUGAAACCUGCGGUAAAGAUUUUUCAAAUCCUGGAGCUCGUCGGAUUCAUAUCAAGUCUCAUGCUGGAGAUAAAUUUUUUAAGUGCCUGACAUGUGGUAACAACUUUGCUAACAAUGGUGCCCUUAAAGUGCACAUGCUUAGCCAUGUGAAACCUGACCUCAGUGUUAUGGGGGCAGGAGUUCCACCUCAUUCUAUCUCUAAUAAUAAUAACUGUAAUACUUGUGACAAAACUUUUCCUGCUGUCUCACCACCUCCACAAAUUCCAUCCCCUCACAAAGCCCCACAAAAUCCGAUCCAACAACAACCUCCCUCCUCAGACAUUCUCGAUGGUGCUUUUACCAUCACUUCACCUCCACCAACAUCAUUACCAAACCUUUCCAAAACUGCAUUGUCCAUCCCAACAUCUGUUGGUUUUGGCAACUCAGAUAAAACAUUCAGCAUGUAUCCAUCCCCUAUAAAUCACUUAAAACCCCCUGUUUUACCCCAACAUCCAUCAGUCCAACAUCGAGAUAUGUGUGAUAAGUCCAUUACUGGUGAAUCCAUACCCAAUCCUCACAUUAUUCCACCCCAAAAUCACCAGCCACCACCACCACAGAUACAACCAUAUGGGUUUGACUGCCACAACAAAGGUCUUCCACCUUUACGACCUUUCCCUGUACCAAAAAUGAACAUUAUGGACAGACCAUUAGGUGAAGCACUGGAUAUUUUCCAUAGAUUAGCACCAACACAAAGGAUUGUCAAUGAUCUCAGUAGCCCUAUCAGCAUUACGGACCAUGAACUAUAUUCUCACUUAUGGGAACAAGGACAAUUGUCUUCCGAACAUCAAAUGCUCCCUUCAGAAAUGGAUGUUUAUCAACUUAGGGAAAAUCUUAUAACGCAAGCAAAGGAAUCUCUGAGUAUGCCUUCAUGAAUGACAACUUCAAUUUGGUGUAUUGCAAGGGAAGUAACUCAGUCAUGAUCAUUAUUUCCAUUAUUCGUCACUUUCUCAUGAAUCAACCAACAAAUGCUACGCAGAAUGAUGGGUUGUUCCCCUUGAAUCUGUUUUUUUCUUUUCUUUUUUAGCGAGUUGAUAUUUUUCAAAUUUAUUCUCCCAGUUUUAUAAUUUUAUAUUCCAUUUUAUGUGACAAUAUUUUCUUUAUACUUUGUACAAUCGAGAAGAACAAACAUGACAUCUUGAAUUACUAGAAUAUUAUCGAACGAAAAAGAUGCUAUUCCAUAAACAUAUCCUUGAAAGUUCCCAGAAUAUUUGGUGCUUAGAAAAAUUCAUAGAAAAUGUUUUGCUUGUCCCAACAUUUUUACAUUAAAAAACAAGAAAACCAUUUGUUUUCCCUCCAUUAUUCACUGAAAAAUAAUGUCAUAAUUUUGAUAUUAUUUUAAUGUUUUGUAUACACACACUUGCACACAAUUCUUGAAGUAUGUAUUUUUAAUUUUGGUUUUUCAUUUUGUUUGUUGUAGCCAAUAUUUCCAUGACUUCCCCCACUCACCCACCCAAUUUAUAUAUAUAUAUAUAUAGUACAUAUCAAAUGGUUUAUAUUUGAAAUUUUGUACUGAAUUACAAUGGCAAAUGUUUUAGAGAGAAGUAUCUUAUGUCUGAACUUUCAGGUGUGUGUAUGUGUGCAUAUUCUUCUCACACACGCCCAUUUAUACAUGAUUAAAAAAUAGAACAGACACUGAAGCAACAUUUUUGAAAUUUUUUUUUUAAUGCCAAUUUAUUUUUUGAUUUUUAGAAGUAUAAUUCUUAGAACCAUAAUUCUUUAGACUAACACCUUCAUCUUUAUUGAAGAAAAUAUCUUACUUUUUACACCCACAUGACAAUAAGACUCACUGACCAAAGCAUAGUAUCGAAACAUCUCUCACUUGUAUAGAUGAGGUUAAUGGUUUUAAAAAUUACAAGCUUAUUAUCAAGAACAUGUCUCAGACAUUUAGACAGUUAAUCAAGUUGAACUUAUAUUAAAAAAAAAAAAAAUCAACGUUUCUUGUAGCAUGUAAGUUAAAUUAUAAAGUCUGAGCUAUCCCACUGAAUUGCCACAAACAGUGAUAUCUUACUUUCAGAAGUUUAACAUAUAAUUAUAAUACAUUAAAAUUUUAACUGCUAACUUAUUCAUCACAAUAUACAUACAAUUGCCUCUCCCAAAAAAGUCUCAAAACCUUUGGAAUGCUCCUCAUAUUUAAAGGAAAUUAUCACAAAGCAACUGAUUAGUUACUUUUACGAUAUUAUCAUAUAAUUUAUGACAGUGUGUGUGAGUAAUAUAUAUAUAAAAUAUAGUUAUGUACAGUUUUAUUUAACAUGUUUGUUUACAUUCAGACAUCGAAAAGCAAUACAUUGCACUAGUUAUCUCAAGUGAAAAUAUUGUUUGUAAGGAAAAUUUCUUCUCUCAAGACAACUUGUGCAGCGUAUUGUCUUUCCAUGUCCAAGUGUACACAAACAUCUUAAAUAAAACUGUGCAUAUUUCAUUCAAUGUUGCUUAGUGAAGCAUCGAAUGGAAUAAUGUCUGCAGCUAUCAAUUAUUUGCAUUCAAUCCCUCCAUUACAAUUUCUUUUCUGAAGAAACUGCUCACUUAAAAUUUCACAUGAUUAACAUAUUUUUUGUACCAUUUAAACUUUAAUGUCAUAAUUUUGAAUAAUUUAGUAUGAUGUUCUUAUCAUCAUCGUUGUUGUCUAGGAUGGUGGAGUAUCAAAAUUGGUACAGCAUCCAACAAAAUGCCAUGUGGUAUUUUGUCAUGCCCUUUUACAUUCUGAAGUUGACUAUUUUAUUAAUUCCAGAAGGCUGAAAAGCAAAGCAACAGUCAAGUCCUGGCUUGAUUUAAUCAACUCUAUCUAUGGAUGGCAUUAAGCCUGUCAUUAUUAUUCUUGAAUACAUUGUUACUGCUUUCAUAGUUUAUGUAUAUGCAAUAUGUUUUAUAAGGCUAAGCUAAAGACAAGUUCUCUCCACCUUUUUCUUACAAGCUGUCAUAUCCAUUUCUAUUGAAUUAGAAAUAAUUAAGUUAACUUCUUUAAGCCUCUCAGAAUUUUGUUGCUUCCAAUUUGAAUUUACAGACAGUUGUCUGUAUGCAAUACAUAGGUUAGUGAAAUAGAGAAAUAUAUAGUUUUGGAUAAAAUAUCUCAUGGUAUUUUGUUGCCUUCCAAGUUCAUAUAUUGUUAUGGUUGACUUUGCUUUUCAUCUUUUUGGCAGAUUGAUAAAAUAGGUAGCAGUCAAAUACCUAGUCAAUGUAAUCAACUCCAAAUUUGUUGUGUUGAGCUUAAGUUAAAAAUACAAAGUGACAUUGCCAUCUUUUCUUUACGAGGAUUAUGUGUUUAUAAACUGUUUGAUCGUACCAUUUAUCAUUAAGGAGCUUUCUCAACACCCAAUAUUUCAAAACAGUUUCACAAAUUAAAUCUCUUCGUUUUCUUGUAAGAGCAAUGGCUAAAUAAAAUGUCCUUUUUUUCUGGUAGUAUAGAUAAAACAAACUCCAUAAAUAACUACAUACAUACCAGUCAUUGUUGCAAAUAUAAAUACUUGUGAGGCUGUGUUGUGGUAGAAAUGGUAGUGUUCAACUAAAUUACCUUUCAGAAUAAAAUUUCAUUUCUCUGUUUCAAAUUCCAAUGGGGUCAGUAAAAUAGGUACAAGACUUGGGUGGUUUUAUCUUAAUUACAUAAAAAUUUUUUACCAAUUUAAAAUUUAUUUUUAAUGAUUCAGUCAGAGGAGGCAAAGUAGCACUCAUUCAGGGACUCCAAGACUGAUGGGAAGAACUCCUUUCAGAUUAGGGAGCCAGUGUAAAACUUUGCAACAGAAUGCACUCUACUAAAGACAUCCAUAAACCAGAUGGUGGUACUAAAUGAAGCAACAGAUUAAGUCUACCACUUUAAAAGUAAUUUGGUCCUCUUCCACAUCUGUUUAUACUGAAGUUGUUAAAUCACUUGAUUAUACACCUUUCUAUCAGUACUAGGAAACCUUCCUUGAUAGUACAGUAGUAGUAAGUCUUGUAGAGGAUGAAACAAUAUCUAAGCUACAGACAAGCUAAGUCUACAGUACUGUUUGUCUUCUUUGUCACUUCAUGAAUGCCACUAAAUGCCUUUUAGAAAAAUGGAACUUUAAUUUCCACCUCAUCUAAAAUAUGCAACUUUGCCUUAGUUAGAAAUCAAUAUUUGACAACUUGUAAUACAAACUUGAAGUAAAUGACAAAGCAAUUUCUUCUUCUGUGAUGUUUUUACCAUUUUUUUUUUCUUUUUUUAUAUAAUUAUAAAUAAUACUGGGAUCAAUCGAUUAAUCUCGAGUGUUUUUAUGGUUGUUAGAAAGUACAGUUUGGAGUUGGUUGAAACAAUCUACAUGUCUCAAGUAAAUUUCCUGUUAUUUAAAAAGAAAAUUUAAGUUUUAUCUUGCAAGGCCUAACUGCAGUUAAAUAAUGAUCGGACAGGAAUUUAUUAACUUAUAUUAAGAAUAUUGCCUAAGUGAAUUCAAAAGAAGUUUUUGUUGCUAUCAUAGCUAUACUAAUAGUUACGUUAUUGCAGCUGCAACUUUCUGAUGGAUAAACAUUUCUAACAUUUUCCAAUAAGCAAUAACCCAAUACUUAAUUCUAUUUAUGAACUUAAGACUUUCUAAAGUGCUUCCAAUGAAAAAUGUUAAUAACUUUUUUUACUUAAAAAAAAAAAUCAAAAUUAAUCAUAAAAAAAAGCAAAAAAUGAACCACGAACCUCUCAGUAUUUUAUUGUAUUCUAUUCUGAAAGUUAAUGUAUUCAGGUAAAACCAAAAAAAAAAAAAAAUUGUUUUUUUUUUCUCAAUUGAUGUUGUACUAUAUUUGUUAUUUGCUUUGAAUCCAGUCCUAUUCUCCUCCCCACAUAACAGUAUAUUGUACAAAUAAAUAGAUAAUUCCUUCCUUUAAUACCCCUGGCAAUGCUUCCUGAUGAAAAAAAAAAUGUUUAAAAUCUGCCUUUCACAAUGUGAUAUAUUUUUUACAAACAUUUAUCUCUCAAUUUUUAAAUUCAUAUUGGAAGUUAAACAACUUUUGUUUUUAAUUUUAUGCAAUUUUACAUUCUCUUUUUGUCUCUGUAUUUUAAAAUAUCUAACCUCUUUCAUCUAAUAAAGCUUUGCAAAUUCAAAUAAUCAGUGUUCUAAUACCACAAAUUUUAUACAGUAAUGUGUGACAUUUUUCCUUUUGUUAUCUUUAGACCAGUGUUUUCUUAUCGUUCCCCCUAUGAUGUCUCUACCUCCUCUCUCUCUGGUAUCUUUUUUUAUACCAAUUUACCAAAACUGCUCACAUUAGAGUUCAUAUUUAGAGUCACAAGGCAAAAUCUUUUUAAAACAUGAAAAAGAUUUCAUUUGGCCAACACCAGUGCAGUUGUAUAGAUGAGAUGGUCAUAGCUGGAAUUUAGCUCAUCUGUUUGAUCAGAUCCAGCCUUGUGUCAAGAAAAAAAAAAAACAAAUGUAUACAAUUAAAAAUGCUUUAUUAAAUUUGUUCUCCAUCAGUCUUGAUUACACUGUAAAUUAACUAAAA